CAUAGUGCACUAGUCGGGUUGUCAAGUGUCCAUUGUGAAAUCUAUCUAAAUUACUGGAUUUGGAAAGUAGACCUACGAGUUACUUUUUCCAGUUUGGUGCGAAAGCUGCGUACUAGUCAAAUAGUGAGCGUUCAACUGAAAGCAACAGCUAUUUAUUGAGUGUAAUUUACCGCAAGAGGCUUCAGCGUCGCUGUGUUGGUUACUACGCAUUAUAGGACUUCAUUAAGUAGACGCCCGUUCAAUUUCACCAACGCUAAAAGGAUUAUUCAAAUAUUUAACAAAGAUAACAUUUUUAUUUUUUUUCCAUCCCCGGACGGAAGUGUGUUCUAGUUAUUUACUAUAGCCCACUACUAGAUAGCAUACAUCGCAGUGUUUUCAGAAGUUUGGGGUUUGUGAACACGCCUGUUGUUAUUUAAUUAUGGCAGAUUUAGGCCUACCAGUGGAUUGGGAUUUAUUUGCUCUCUUGCUUUUUCUCAAUGCUUUGUGAGAUAACGGUUUGUUUUGGCUACCGUAAAACGUUGUGUUGCUCUGAAGACGCAAAACUUUUAUUUAUUUAUUGAGACAUCUGGGAAUUGUUGUUUUGGCAACCAUUUAAACGACAUUUUAUUAGCCACGUAACCCGAAAGAGACAUACAGGGUGUUAUAAGCGUUUGUUUUUUAGCCUACAAAGAGAGGGUUGCUGAACUGUGGCUCUAUUUCCCCGGUGUAGUUGGACUGUUGUAUUAUGUAACGCAAACUACGUUGCGAAACUUGGUGUCAUGUAGUUUUAUCAUAACAGACUAUUGUGUUUAUUAUAGCAGUCCAACGUGCUAGGCUGAUUCCAAGUCUCUCUGUUCCGAGGUAGGAUAGUCUUAACGGAGAUCAGUUCACAGUUGAAGAGUGCGCUUCCUCAACCACGCCUGCCCUGACCUCUAGAUGCCGGGCAUAAACUCCACCACUGCCUCUCGCUAUGAGUCCGGCUGGGAGAUGGAGUACGACCACUAUCAACAUUACUUCUACGACGACCACGAUCCAGACGAGGAUUUCUCUAAAUCCACUGCGCCCAGCGAGGACAUAUGGAAGAAAUUUGAACUAGUACCAACCCCGCCCAUGUCCCCUAUCCGGACUUUGGAGGGGGCCGCCGGGGUCGGUAUGGUCUGCCCUUCGCUGGGGGACAAACUCGAGUGGGUGUCCCAGUUUUUGGGUCAAGAGGACGACCAGGAUGUGCCGUGUAAACUCAGCUCAGCCGACGAGGCUUUGGGGAACCUGAGCUCCAUUAUCGUACAGGACUGCAUGUGGAGCGGCUUCUCAGCGGGCAAGCAGCUGGAGAAAGUUUUCGGGGAGCGGCUUGCCUCCUGUCCGAACAAACUGCCCAUGCAGGCGUUGGGAGCUGCAAUCACCACCACCGGGAGGGCGCAGUGCGUGACGGUGCCAGUGGACGCGGCUGUUCCAGUUCUCGGUAGCCUGGCGACGGAUUGCAUGGACCCGGCUGCUGUUCUCGCCUUCCCGCUAACCGGGGGAACGUUUAAGAAACCGUCGGUGUCCUCCUGGUCAGGGACCCACACAGACUCAUCAGAUGACGAAUCUAGUGACCAUGACGACGACGAUGAUGAUGACGAUGAUGACGAAGAGGAGAUUGAUGUGGUGACGGUGGAACACAAGCAGUACAAGUCCCGACGGCUGGUCAAGAGCAGAGUUACCGGGGGACGCGGCGGCGGGCUAAACAGACGGACGCCGGUGACAAUCAUGGUCCGGGCGGAUGCUCUGAACCCGUGUAUGAAACGCUUCCACAUCUCUAUCCACCAACAGCACCACAACUACGCAGCGCCCUCCCCGGACACGCACACAGCCCCCGCCCUCCCCGGACACACAGCCCCCGCCCUCCCCAGAAAGAGGGUCCGACACGAGCCCUCAAACUCUUCUCAUAACUUCUCUAGCACCCAGCCACACCUGCACCCCGCCUCCACAUCCAAUCAGAACUCUGAGAGCAAACCACAUGUCGCCGUAGCAACCAUCGGGUCGGAAUCAUCUGACGCCAACACACCCUCCCCUUGUGGAUCCCCGUCUGCCUCUCCUCGAUUAUCCUCCUGUCACCCCUGCAGCCCCCAGUCCUCCGACUACGAGGACACGGACAAACGGAAGACACACAACUUCCUGGAACGGAAACGACGCAAUGACCUGCGCUCUCGUUUCCUGGCGCUGCGGGACGAGGUCCCCGGCUUGGCAGAGUGCCCCAAGACGCCCAAGGUGGCCAUCCUGACACGCGCCACUGAGUACCUGGGACAGCUGCAUUCUAGCGAGCGCCAGCGGGCGCAGGAGAAACGGCAGCUGAAGGCCAGGCAGCAGCAGCUGCUCCGUAGGUUGGCACAGCUCAAACAACGCCCCUAAACUCACUGACUGGCAGGUUGGCACAGCUCAGACAACGCCCCUAAACUCACUGACUGGCAGGUUGGCACAGCUCAAACAACGCCGCUAAACUCACUGACUGGCAGGUUGGCACAGCUCAGACAACGCCCCUAAA